UUGAAGAAAUGGCUUUGAAAGGUGUUAAGGUACUUGAAUUCGCAGGAGUAGCUCCUGCACCUUUCUGCGGAAUGAUCCUGUCAGAUUUCGGUGCGACAGUUUUAAGAAUUGAUAAGGUACAAAAUAGCUCCGAUCUGGAUAUUGAUGUAUUAGCAAAUGGUAAAAAAUCUCUCGCUGUGAAUUUAAAAACUUCUGAAGGGAAGGAUAUAAUUAAAUCAUUGGCAAAGAAACACGAUGUACUGUUGGAACCUUUUCGACCAGGUGUGAUGGAGAAACUGGGUCUGGGUCCGAGCGUUUUGUUAGAAGAAAAUCGAAAGCUGAUUUACGCCCGCCUAACAGGCUUUGGACAAGAAGGGCUUUACUGUAAACGAGGAGGACAGGACAUAAACUAUCUCGGUCUAAGUGGACUGUUGUCAAUGUUCGGAAGGGCCGAGGAGAAGCCCACCUUUCCUGUCAAUUUAGUUGCCGGUUUUGGUGGUGGCGGAUUGAUGUGCGCCACGGGAAUACUUUUAGCCCUGUUCGAAAGGGCGAACUCUGGUUUAGGACAAAUCGUAGAUUGCAGCAUGGCCGAGGGCGCAUCGUACUUGGGUAGUUGGCUGUUCAGGUCGCAGGAAUUGCCGAUCUGGGAAAACAAACGGGGUGAGAACUUGUUAGACUCGGGUGCCCAUUUCUACGAUGUUUACGAAACCAAAGACGGCAAGUAUCUUACAGUUGGAGCGAUAGAACCGCAUUUCUACGAACAACUAUUGAAGACCUUAGAAGUUGAAGAUGUGGACUACUUCGAUUUUAAAAAGGGAAAAGACGUUUUCAAGAAGAAGUUUCUGGAGAAGACCAGGGACGAGUGGAACGACAUCUUCGCGCAGACCGACGCCUGCGCUUCUCCAGUAUUAGGCAUUGACGAGGUCGCAGAUUUUGAGGGCAAUAGAGACAAGUUUGUGAAGAAGGACAAUGGUAUAGUUAUACCAAAACCCGGAGUCAAAUUGAGUAGGACACCGGGGGAAACUCAGGCGCUUAAAAAAAGACCUCGCGUCGGACAAGACAGUUUUGAAAUUUUAAAAGGUUUAGGAUAUUCGGAAGAUAAAAUAAGAGAUUUCAAUAGUAAUGGCAUUAUCAAGACAUACACGUAAACUAAAGCAAUAAUAGACAUUUAUUACAAAUACAAAUCAUAAUUGGUUUCCGCGCAAUUAAUUAAUAUUUAUAGAUAACUUU